GCACUGCAAAAGGUGUUUGCCAACGCUGUACUGUACUCAGUGCCCGGAUAACGUGCUGUACCCAGGAAUUGCCCUAAUGUGCAAAGUGGAGACUGAGUCACAGGAUACAGGGAGGUAGAGAGCAUGGAGCCUGUGCACAAAGAAGGAAAGCCCAACCCGCUGGAGACUGCCAACUUCUGCUCCAAACUGUUCUUCUGUUGGCUUAAUUCCUUAUUUGUGCUUGGACACAAACGGAAGCUUGAAGAGGAUGAUAUGUACAAUGUUCUCCCAGAAGAUAGUUCAGAGAGACUUGGAGAAGAGCUUCAGUGGUACUGGGAUAAAGAGAUUCAGAAAGCUCAAAAAGAAACACGCACUCCACAUUUAACAAAUGCUAUCAUACGAUGUCACUGGAAAUCCUAUUCACUUUUAGGAAUUUUUACAUUUAUUGAGGAAAGCAUCAAAGUCAUCCAGCCAAUCUUUUUAGGAAAUGUUGUCAGUUACUUCGAGAGAUAUGAUGACUCUGCAGCCUUGGCUAAUGCCUACAUAAAUGCCGCCGCAUUGUCUGUGUCUACCCUACUGUUAGCUGUUUUACAUCACUUGUAUUUCUACUAUGUUCUCCGAGCUGGAAUGAAGCUUCGAGUAGCCAUGUGCCAUAUGAUUUUUAAGAAGGCACUUCGUCUCAGCAAUACUGCCAUGGGAAAAACUACCACAGGGCAAAUAGUAAAUCUAUUGUCAAAUGAUGUGAACAAGUUUGACCAGGUGACAAUUUUUUUACAUUUUCUUUGGGCUGGACCUCUUCAGGCCAUAGCUGUAACUGUGCUUCUCUGGAUUGAAAUUGGUCCAUCUUGCCUUGCAGGAAUGGGAGUGCUGAUCAUCUUGAUGCCUUUGCAAACAUGUCUUGGAAAACUUUUCACUUCAUUAAGAGGGAAGACUGCAGCCUUCACCGACACCAGAAUCCGUACCAUGAAUGAGGUGAUAUCUGGGAUGAGAAUAAUUAAGAUGUAUGCUUGGGAGCAGUCUUUUACAGAGCUGGUCAAUGAUAUACGAAAGAAGGAGAUAUCCAAGGUCCUUCGAAGCUCUUACCUACGUGGAAUCAACUUGGCAUCUUUCUUUGUUGCAAGCAAAAUCAUUGUGUUUGUGACAUUCACCACGUAUGUUCUGCUUGGCAAUGUUAUCUCUGCAAGUCGAGUGUUUGUUGCAGUGUCCCUGUAUGGUGCAGUGAGACUCACUGUAACUCUCUUCUUCCCCUCAGCUAUUGAGAGGGUUUCUGAGGCAAAGGUCAGCAUAAGGAGGAUCAAGAACUUUUUAUUGCUUGAUGAGAUUUCAAAACCAUCCUUAGAACAGCCUGAGGAGAAUGAAGAAAACCUGUUGGUACAAAUUCAAGACUUGACAUGUUACUGGGACAAAAUCUUGGAAGUGCCAACGCUUCAAAAUAUUUCCUGCAGUGUGAGACCAGGGGAAUUGUUGGCUGUAAUUGGACCGGUUGGAGCGGGGAAAUCAUCCUUUCUGAGUGCAGUUCUUGGUGAACUUCCUAAAUAUAAGGGUUUUGUGGAUGUUCGUGGAAAAGUUGGUUAUGUUUCGCAGCAGCCAUGGGUAUUUUCAGGCACCGUCAGAAGUAACAUAUUAUUUGGGAAAGAAUAUGUCCAAGAGAAAUAUGAGCGCGUUCUGAGGGUAUGCGCUCUUAAAAAGGAUAUGCUGCAGUUAGAUGAUGGGGAUCUGACUACGAUAGGAGACCGAGGUGUAACAUUGAGUGGUGGUCAGAAAGCACGUGUGAAUUUAGCAAGAGCUGUUUACCAGGAUGCAGACAUAUAUCUUCUGGAUGAUCCUCUUAGUGCAGUGGAUGCAGAAGUUGGAAGGCACUUGUUUGAAAAAUGUAUCUGCCAAGCUCUGCGUAAGAAGAUUUGCAUCUUAGUGACGCAUCAGCUACAGUAUCUCAGUGCGGCCAGAGAAAUUCUGGUACUUAAAGAGGGCAAAAUGGUUGGAAAGGGAUCAUUUCCUGAUCUUCUGAAAUCAGGUCUAGAUUUUACUUCUCUUCUAAAAAGUGAAGAUGAUGAACAAGAAAACCAGCUGGUUAAGCCAUCAAGGAACCGCACGUUCUCCCAGUCAUCCGUUAUGUCUGAAGACUCCUCAGUGCAAUCACAUAAAGAUGGAACCACGGACCAUCAGCCAACGGAACCUGUUUUGACUGCAGUUCCUGAGGAGAGUCGAUCUGAAGGAACGGUUGGCUUCAAGGUGUACAAGAAAUAUUUCAAAGCUGGAUCUAGUUGGUUGAUGAUUUUUUUUGUUUUUGCACUUAAUAUAUUGGCACAGGUUGCUUAUGUUUUGCAAGACUGGUGGCUCUCUUAUUGGGCGACUGAACAGGAGAAGCUAAAUACCACCUUAAGUGCCAAUACCACUGGAACAGAGCCAGAGCAACUUGACCUGAAAUUAUACUUGGGGGUCUAUGCAGGUUUGACUAUAGCCACAAUUGUGUUUGGUGUCCUUCGUAGUUUGCUAGUUUUCCACGUUCUUGUUUGCGCUGCCCAAGCCUUGCACAACCAGAUGUUUCAGUCACUCCUGAAAGCACCAGUCCUGUUUUUCGACAGAAAUCCAAUUGGGCGAAUUCUCAACCGUUUUUCCAAAGAUAUUGGGCACUUGGAUGACUUGCUUCCAUUCACAUUUUUGGACUUCAUGCAGGUACUGCUCCAGAUUUUAGGCGUGAUAGCUGUGGCUGUAGCGAUCAUCCCAUGGAUUUUAAUCCCGUUACUUCCCCUUGUAAUUAUUUUCUUUUUUCUGAGGAGAUACUUCCUAGAUACUUCAAGAGAUAUUAAACGACUUGAAUCAACUACUCGAAGUCCUGUGUUCUCCCACUUAUCAGCUUCCCUCCAAGGACUUUGGACAAUUCGUGCUUUCAAAGCAGAGCAACGUUUCCAAGAACUUUUUGAUUCACAUCAAGAUCUUCAUUCUGAGGCCUGGUUUUUAUUUCUGACUACAUCGCGUUGGCUUGCCGUACGUCUGGAUGCCAUCUGUGCCCUCUUCGUAAUGGCUGUUGCCUUUGGUUCUUUAAUUCUUGCUAAAAGCCUUGAUGCUGGACAAGUUGGCUUGGCGUUGUCUUACGCCAUCACAAUUAUGGGUACAUUCCAGUGGGGUGUCCGACAAAGUGCAGAAGUUGAGAAUCUGAUGAUUUCUGUAGAGCGAGUUAUGGAGUACACACAACUUGAGAAAGAAGCAGACUGGGUAUCAAAAAAGAGACCACCAAGAGACUGGCCAAGCCAAGGCAUGAUAGCAUUUGAAAAUGUCAAUUUUUCCUACAGUUUAGAUGGACCACUGGUUCUGAGGCACCUGACUGCUUUAAUAAGACCAAAAGAAAAGGUUGGGAUAGUCGGAAGAACUGGAGCAGGGAAGAGCUCACUCAUAGCUGCGCUUUUCCGCUUGGCUGAACCUGAAGGUAAAAUCUGGAUAGAUAGGCUCUUGACCUCUGAACUUGGCCUUCAUGACCUACGGAAGAAAAUGUCUAUUAUACCACAGGAGCCUGUUUUAUUUACUGGCACAAUGAGGAAAAACCUUGAUCCCUUUGACGAGCAUACAGAUGAGGAGCUAUGGGAUGUUUUAGAAGAGGUGCAACUCAAGGAUGCGAUUGAUGAAUUACCUGGUAAAAUUGAGACGCAGUUGGCUGAAUCUGGCUCCAAUUUUAGUGUUGGUCAAAGGCAACUGGUGUGUCUUGCACGGGCAAUUUUAAGGAGAAACCAAAUAUUAAUUAUUGAUGAAGCAACAGCAAAUGUAGAUCCGAGAACAGAUGAACUCAUUCAGAAGACUAUCCGAGAGAAAUUUGCUGAUUGUACUGUGUUGACCAUAGCACAUAGGCUGAACACAAUUGUUGACAGUGAUAAGAUUAUGGUACUGGAUUCCGGAAGAGUAAAAGAAUAUGAUGAGCCUUAUAAUUUGCUACAAAAUAAAGAAAGCCUUUUCUACAAAAUGGUGCAGCAGGUAGGAAAGGCUGAAGCUGCUACACUAACAGAAACAGCAAAGCAGGUUUACUUGAAUAAAAGCCAAAGGGAUAUGAAGCAGAUUAGUUCUACGGACACAUCUCAGCCAUUUAUCAUUUUUGAAACUUCACUUUGAGCAUUUGUCAUGGCCAAUGGAAGAGACUCUAAAAGUACUUAACAAGUCUUGUUAAGUUAUAAUCUUAUCAACCAAAUUUCAUUUUAAGAAGAAUGUGUAUAUUUUUUGUAGCUGUAUCCUUAUCAGUGCCUUAUUUCCCAUACAGAUUCAUAGUUCUUUGCUUUAAAAAAAAAAAAAAAAAAAAUAGAGCCCAAAUACUGAUUUUUACUCCAAUGUUUUUAUAGUUGAGGAUAUUUUUUAUUAUCUUUUAUUUAUAAGACAUCAGCUAUUUCACACAAAGAUCAUGCUAUUCAUGAUUAAAUGUGUAUACAGGGCUGGAAAAUAUCUCUUAAAUUUACCAACUUUUAAUGGUCUACUACAAUAAUGCAUACAAACAAAACAAAAUAUGAAAUCUGGGCUAUUUCUUUUGCUAUCUACUAAAGAGACAGCAUAUUACACAUACUUUUUCAUGGUUGUGAAAUAGCUGCGUUGUGUGUGCCGUCUGUAAUUUUGUUUUCUUUUUUAAAGGUUUUAGAAAACAUUACAUCUGCCCAUCAGUCAUUGUCAGUAGUGUAGAUUACUUUAAGUAUUACAUAAGAGAAAUAUCAAUUAAUCAUUGCUCAGUAUUUGUGCUCUACCUACAGAUUCUUAUUAUCAUUUAUUAUGAUCACCAUUCUGCCUUCAGGGGAGUGGACAGACCAAAAUUAUUUUCAAGAUUUUCAGUAAUACAAUUAUACAAUUGCUCUUGUGUAUCAUAUGAAUGAUUAUAAAUUAUUAUAUAAAUAUGCAGAAAUACACAA